AUGAAUGAGGAUUGUCAACCUUGGAUCGAUCUGACAAAAUCCACUCGAACAUGGCUGUCCCAUUUGAUUGGCCAAUUUGAUUUUCACCAAUCAUUUGCUCCAUUUUUGGACCGGCAGAAUUUUGUCUGUUCCUCCAAUUUUAGAAAGUGUCAUUAUUGUUUUAAUACUUGUGUUUCAAUGGCUCGUACCAAGCAGACUGCUCGUAAAAGCACUGGAGGAAAGGUUCCUCGUAAACAAUUGGCUACCAAGGCCGCUCGUAAGAGCUCGCCCACCGCUGGAGCCGUGAAGAAGCCCCAUCGUUAUCGCCCCGGAACUGUGGCUCUGCGUGAGAUCCGCAAGUAUCAGAAGAGCACUGAGCUUCUGAUCCGCAAGCUGCCUUUCCAGAGACUGGUGCGUGAGGUGGCUCAGGACUUCAAGAACGAUCUCCGUUUCCAGAGUUCCGCUGUGAUGGCUCUUCAGGAGGCUGCUGAGGCUUACCUGGUUUCUCUGUUCGAAGAUACCAACCUGUGCGCCAUCCACGCCAAGCGUGUGACGAUCAUGCCGAGAGAUAUGCAGCUGGCUCGUCGCAUCCGCAACGAAAAGUAAGAAAUCUGGUAUUUGUCAAUACCAUCCUCA